AUGGAGGCGGCUACUCUGACGAUAGGCUCCCGGCGCCUGGCCUCCGCCGCCGCUCCGGCUGGGAAUGGCGCCCGCCGUGGCGCAGCGGCCGCAACCGCGCAGCGUCCCGGAGCAAAGCUCCCGCGGCGUGCGCGGCGGCUCCGCGCGCUGCCGCCGGAGCUGAGCGAGAUCCUCGCGCCCAAGCUGGUGCCCGGCUCGCCGGCCGACACCGGCGACGUCUCCUCGCUCAUCCCGAUCAGUGCCGUCAUGCUGCUCUUCUACUUCGUGUCCAACUGGGUGUUCCCGGCGGUGGUCAUGCGGGGGAUGCAGCCCAACGCCGAGGACGAAGCCGCCGCUGCAGAAGCAGAAUCCAUGGGGUCGUCGUCGCAGCCGCAGCCAGGGGAUGCCGUCGGCGGUAAGAUCCGGCGCAAGGUCAAGAGGAAGAAGAACAGAAAAGCCGUCACGGAAGGGUAA